AUGUCGCAACAGGAUUCACAGCGCUGGCUGCCCACGGAUCGGCUAAUAUAUGGUGUGCUAGUCAAAUCUUUCCUUCCCUUACAAAGGUAUCCUGAGCUGGUAUAUGAAAACAGCAAUUAUGCGAACGUUUAUGUGGGUGCAGAAGUUUACGUCUUCGAAGAAUCUGUGGAUAAGAAAUGGUGUAGAGCGUACCAAUGUUUACGACCCUUUCCUGAAGAAUUCAUAUCGAAUAUGAACUCGGCGAAUGAUGUACUGCCAGACGUGAAACCGAAAGUAGUGAUAUUUCCUAGAAAAUAUGUUCAUUUUGAAGCAGAAAAAGCCGUCAGCACAAUGCCAUUUUUCAAAGCACCUAGUGCUGAGGAUUUUAAACCAUUGAUAAGUAAAGAAUGUGAGUCCCGCUCCUUUUGUGACAGCCUAUAUGUUAGCUCUACUGAUGAUAUAUCAACUGGUAAACCAAGAAAGACACCGAGACCUCCGUUCCCCUUUUUCAGAUACCAAAAGAGGUCCUUUAAGGACGAAAUGGGUCCUAUAUUAUCUCUUAUUUCCUCGCAUGUUUACUCUAUGUAUUCAAUUGGCGAGUUUUCUAUAUAUAGGAAAAUGAUAAAACUUUAUUAUGAUUUGGACACUAUACGAUUUAGAUUGUCUAUGAAUUUAACCACAGAGGCUGAGAAAAUAAAUCUGAUAAGAGCAGCAACAUCCCUAAGAACUAAAAUCGCAAAAUUUUUGUCCUCCACAUACAGGAAGAAUAAACUAAUUGCUAACUCUACUCCAAGAAACCCAGAUCCUUAUGGUUUCGAAGGAAUUUUUGCCAGGGAUAUUGAUACUGGCGAAUUGCUCUCAUACGAGAUCGACAAAUUAAGAACUUUAGUGUCAUCGUCAAUGCUUUGUGGUUUAACUAAUAAUUUUCCUACUGUACCUGUGGUAGAGUCCGAUGAUGAGUCCUCAUCUAACGGACUAUUCGGCACAGUUAGAUCGAGCAUUUUGGUUAACUUGAAAGAUCUGGCAUGGGAUCCCUCUAUAUCAGAUCCUAAAUAUCAAGAUCUUUCUAUUUGUGUAUACUUGAGAACCAAAGACGAAGUUUUAACAGAGUCUUUUACCAUGACGAAGUCGUCCAAUAUGGAAUCAGCUCUAGAUGAAAUUCCUGCAAUGUUAUUCAAGAAUAUUUUGGAAACGAUAGUCCAUAAAAAUAAAGUAUACUUAGUAGUAGUGCUGAAGGAAACAAUAGCAAUUACAACAGAAACUGCUCCGGAAAUUUCAUCUUACAAUAUAUCUACCGAAGAGUCAAGUUCACAUUCCCCAUUUUCUCCAUUUAAUUCAUCGACUGAGAAUAAGAUUGACCACGUAAAAAAGGGCUUAGCUGCCGGAGUUAUUAACAUAUCUCCGGUAUUCAAGUUUUAUAACGGCCUAUCAGUUGCGAAUAAAGCUCAGAGGUUUAACCUUUAUCUUUAUAGCUCCGAUUCCUCGGAUUCGCAAAACUUCAACUCUUCAAAGGAUGCGGAUUUAGGUUGGGGCGGGUUAAUAAAUAAGAUAAUAAAAGAUUCUUCUGAAGGCGUUUCUGUGAACCCUAGGGCUGUUUCUUUAUCGGUAACUGUAAAGGAAAUUAUAGGCAAACAAGAGGCGGAAAAAGUGCUCUCCACAUCUUUAGUACCGAUAAGAUCUAUUCCCACAUACUUUUAUGAUACCAUGUUUAGCCAAGCAGAAAGAAUUUAUCUGAACUUAGGUAGGGUGUCGCUUUAUGGACUUCCUGCAGCUGAUACAAAUAUAGAAAAUGUUACCGUUCAAAUAUCCUGCAGGAAUAAGGCCGUAAAAUUUUGCAAAAAUAAGCUCGAAGAGAGAUCUGGGGACUGGAAGUUUGUUUCAGUUCGUCCAAAUGAGAGCAUAGGCGAAUCGAUUAGAAUAGAAGGGGUAGAGAACAUGAACGAAGACGAGACAUUAAGAGUAUUGGUAUAUUUGAAUGGAUUUUUGAUGGCAAAAUCAAAUAUACAUAUCAAGAAAAAGAACGAAAUCAUAGAAUAUAGAAAGGGUACCGUAUUCCAAAUAAUGUCAUCCAAAUCAGUACCUCUAAUUCAUUUAGAGCUUGAAGCAUCAUAUUUUGGUCGGAGAUAUAAUAUCAACCCUGCCAUUACAAAUUUCUUAGUUCUUCAAACCAAAAAUGUUGAAUUCGACCAGCAACUUAAAGAGCACUAUUCAGUUACAUUGAAGCAGCUGAAUAACGUUUCUUUUAAAGAUUUACUAAAGCAUUUUGACACAAUUUUAGCACACUAUUUGUUACUUCUUGAAUCGGUGAAUGAAGCUACUGAUAAAAAAGGCCCUUCUUCAAGUUUACCCAAUAUUGUAUUCAGUGAAUUCGUCAAGUUUUUAAAUUUAAUGUUAACACACCAAGAAAACUCUAGAUAUUGGUUUAAUAGACUGUACAAAAAAGUCAUGUCAAAGGAACUAGAAUGUCCCAAUGUUGCACCGAUACUAAUAAAACAUAUGACAACGAUCUUUGAUAGGAGUCAUUCUUCUUGGACUAGAACAGGAACUGCAAUCUGCCGAACCAUCCUGUACAUAAUUGUGUUGGCAAUCGGUUCGUCUCAUUCUGAUGAAAUGCCUAAUUUCAGUCAUUUUUUCAGAAGCUUGCACAAAUUUUUAAUGCUUGCUGAUGAGCCAAUAAUGGCGGAUCAAAUUUUGUUAAUAGAAAGUAUUCCCUCUAUGCUGGAGACAAUGACCAAUCACUGUAAGGUGGAAGACUUAGUUCGUUUUGCGAUCGGACUGUUUGAAUGUUGCCAGGAAAAAGAAAUGAAUCAAAAAAUGUACUCCAGGCCACUCUCAGUUCGAGAAGAAGAAUAUUUGAAUACAAAGUUUAAUUGCCUGUUGAAGUUAAUUAACAAGAAGGUUUUGCAAAAUUAUUUAACCAAUACGGAAUCCGUAGAUAAACUGAGGUUACAGUUUUUAUCUAAAACCCUUGAGUGGUUACUUACGCCGUAUACUCCAGGCGAUGACAAAUGUUUUCACGUAGAAUCCUUACGCUUGGUUAAUUCUGUUUUCAUUACAAUAAUCGAAGAUUACAAAUUUGACAUGCUACAAAGGAACUUGAUAAGGUUACUACCAUAUUUGUGUAAGUCCUUCGUCCAUUUAAGAAGGUACUGUAAGAAAGCACGUUUAAUGAGGCCUCGAAGAGUUUUUACCAUGCUUUUUCCCAGAGAAAUUCCAUGCAACUACAUACCGGUUGAUUCAAUAGUGAAUGAUGAAGUAGUCGUAGAAGUUCUUCUAGAGCUUGCCAUCAUAAUUUGUGAAAUAACGAAAAUUGCAUCAAGCAGAUUUCCAUCAUAUCAAUCUUUCAGCGAAAUCAUAAACUUGUGCGAUAAAGACACUCUUUUUCAAUCAAAUUUUUAUUCACGACAAAUCACGAAUGAAAAUGUCUAUACAAUAACCAAAACAGUUUUUUUGUUUUUUAAACAAGAUUGGUUCCCAGGAAUGAAGUGGCUUGGCGUAUCAGCGUUAUUAGGAAGAUCGUCUCUAAUAUUGCUUAGUUUAUGCAAGGAUUAUAUCAUAGAAAAUAAUUCACCUUCUCCAUCAAAGGAGUCUGAAAAGAGGGUUGACAUGCGACUUUGGGCAGAAUAUGUAAAAGUCAUACUACUAGUUUCAAACCAUAAAAGUGCAUCCUUGACUAAGUUAGCUAUUACUCCACGUAAGGCCGUUUAUUUGAUAUCGGGUGACCUGAAAAAAAUUUCAGCAUAUAUCCUAAAUGAAUGUUGGGAUGCCCUAGCCACUGGGCACUAUAAUAUCACUUAUGCUAAAAAGUAUGGAUUAGGAGCCUUGAGUGAUUGCCAAUUUGAAUUGUUUGUUCAUAAUCAAUUUUUGAUACGUGAGAUCUUUAUUUUUGCUUUCCAUAGACAUAUCGAUGCAACAAGAAUUUGUUGCAAAAUACUAUGGGGAUUAGGGCUAAAUUUUUGGAGGAUAUUUGGGUCCCUACAACCAGCAGUGAACGCAUGUAUCCCAGAAUUAUUCAGCGCAUACCAAAUCGGGAAGCUUCGUUUGAAUGAUUACGAAUUGGAAAGGUUUGUUUCUUGUUUGUUUUUUAUGAUGCACGUUCCCGAUUCUGACACCUUUUUUCCUGCUUGUAUGGAUUUCUUAAGAGAUUUACUUGGUUUUUUGCAUAUUGUAAAUGAAAUCUACAAAAUACCUAAUCAAGAAGAAUUUGAUGAUGAUCGGACUGCUCGGCACAUAGAGAUGUUCGAGUACUUGCUAGAAGCAAACAGGCCAGAGUUGUUUCAUAAAAUGAUAUAUGAUUUGUUUAUCCACUUUAUUCAGAAAAAAGACUUUGUUCAAGCAGCUUUGAGUCUAGAACUCUUGGCAGGUACGUACGCUUGGGAUUCUAAUGAUACUCUUGAAGCAAUAUCUUUCCCGCCAUUGCCAGAGCAAUCUUCAUUUGAGAGGAAGGAAUAUCUUCUUAAGGAAUCCGCAAGAAACUUUUCGAGAGGCCAAAAACCAGAAAAAGCUUUAGCGGUAUACAAGGACUUGAUAAAAGCCUACGAUGAGAUCAAUUAUGAUUUAAACGGGCUGGCCUUUGUACAUGACCAAAUAGCAGGCAUUUAUACCAGAUUACAGUCCAUUGAUAGACUGGUUCCAACGUAUUUUAAAGUUUCUUUCAUGGGAUUUGGUUUUCCAAAAUCAUUAAGAAAUAAAUCGUUCGUCUUUGAGGGUCUCCCAUUUGAACACAUUACGUCUAUGCAUGACAGGCUUCUACGAAGCUAUCAUGGGUCAAAUAUUGUACACUCACAAGAAGAAGUGGAUAUGUUAUUGAUGAAUCCUCCAAUGGGAAAAUACAUUCAUGUAGCUUCCGUCGAACCGUGCUUAAGUAUAUCCGAUAAUUACAACAGUAGUGACAAGAAAAGCUCAAUUAACAACAAAGUGCGGAUGUACAUUGAGAAUAGAGAUUUGAGGACUUUCAGUAAUUCUCGACGUUUGCCAGGCGCAAAAGGAGUCACUGACCUGUGGGUGGAGGAAUAUACGUAUCAUACUAUGAAUACUUUUCCAACACUAAUGAAUAGAUCAGAAAUUGUAAAGGUUACGAAGAGCAAACUUUCUCCACUUGAAAAUGCAAUUCGUUCCUUACAAGUUAAAAUACAGGAGUUAUAUGGGCUUGAAAACAUGUGCAAUAAAACUCUGAAGGACCACGGUGAUGUGAACGAUUUAUUUACCGAGCUUUCUACAAAUAUUACGGGAACAAUAUCAGCUCCAGUUAAUGGAGGCAUAUCACAGUACAAGGCCUUUUUAGAACCCUCCACAUCCAAGCAGUUCAGUACUGAUGAUUUAGGAAGAUUGACGCUAGCUUUUGAUGAGCUUGUUGCAGUAUUAGGUCGCUGUCUAACGUUGCAUGCAGAACUACUACCAUCAAAGGAUCUAAAACCAUCACAUGAUCUUCUAGUGCGUCUUUUUGAGGAAAAUUUCGCUGAGGAGAUAGAAAGAUAUAGUCGUACUCUCAGUGAGGCCAAUCGUAGCAGGAAUAACAUGAUUACUGCUCGAAUAAUUUCGCACAAGAACCCCAAUAAAAAGGCAAGCUUUUCUGGAAGGGAUCAUCACACCUCAGGGUCCAAUCAUAGCCAAUUUGUAUUAGAACAUAGCGACUCAUUUGGCCCAAACAGUUUACUUUUUGGAAAAUAUUUAACAAGAACGUUAUCCCACUCGUCCACUACGAGCAGUUUGGAUAAAAGUGGAAUUGUUUCCGGCACUUCGAGCACCUUUUUGGCAGGGUCACAGCCAAACACCAACACAGAUUCACAGCACAAGCAUGAUUACUCACAUUCGGGAUAA